UUCCCAGAGCUGGUGCAUCUAGCAGGUGCAGCCUCUUUCUGUCCUCCUCCCUCGCUCUAUCCCCUUCUCUCCUUUUCUCUUGCUCUACCAUGGUGCACUCCGCUCUGGUGGAUUUUUUUUCCUCCUCCCCUUCUCAUUCUUUCCCUGUCUCUUAGUGGCAGCAGCUCAGGGAGGCAGCUGUAUGUGCGUCUGCAGCGAAAUUGCUACAGGUAAAGACAGCUGAAUCGUUGGAUGCUGUGAACUCAGAAGGGGGAGGGUUGUUUGGGGAACGGCUCGCCGCUGUGGUUGCAAGUCCUCAUUCUGGAGAGGGUUGCACAUUUUUAAUCAUCUCCAAAAAAAAAGCAUCCAGGACUGAAGGACUGGCAGAGGAUCCCAGCUAUCAGACAACACAUCCCAGGCUGACUGAGGAGAGCGCAGGCUUUUAAGGAACUAAGGGAGGAGAAAAAAAGCGCCACUUUGUGGAAUAUAUAUAUUUUUUCUUCACAGUCUUUUCCUGAUAUUGGUUUGACUUUUGUCUUGUGCUGUCUGAUCUUUGCUUCAAAUAAUUUUCUCUCAACUCUCAGCCCGUCAUCAGCCUCCUCUUAAAAUUGUAUCCCCUCUGUGGCGGAAUGUUCCGCGCAAAUACAUGAGAGGAGGCUUUCUGAGAGCACACUGCAGAAUUAACGAACAGCACACUGAGACGGCAAGAGAGCUGAGCGGACAGCUUGGGGGAAAUCUGAUCCACAGCCGGCCAGAGACCAAGAAGGAUCACUCGUUGCAGUUGCAGAUUUAUCCGCCCAGUGAUACUGCGUGACAACACCCCUUGUUGUUUUAUGGGGGUUUGUUUUGUCCCCCAAGUCUCACCCUUGUGCUUGUAUUUCUUACAUAUAUAUAUAUAUAUAUAUAUUUUUGUUUGUUGUUUUGCACUUCUGGGAAAAAAAACCCUGCAUUUUUAGGUGUGGAUUUUAUUGGCAGAGUGGGUUUAGCUUGCGCUGAUACAUGAAAGAAAAAUAGUCUCCCUUUUCAGCUACAACUGAAUCGGAAUUUAAAACAGAAAAGGUUGACUGAAGAUGUUCAUUGCACCGCAUUGGACAACAUCCUCCUAGAUCUCUAAACUACAAAAAGAGACUGGACCCACCCUACAAGUUUCCCUGAUCGCAGUCCAAUUGUGGAUUUGUAACAAAUGCUACAUCUUCAAAUCGAUUCAUAUCUGUGGAUUUCUACGGCACCGACUUCCAAUCAUUUCUAACAGAUGUGAAGACGCACCACCCCACUCAUAUCUUUUAUGCCUCUUUCUCUACUGCUAAAGGAUUCCCUUUUUUUCCAACCUUACCUCUUACUUACCUAACAGGGAUCCUUUUAGAAGUUUGACAUUGGAAAUCACGAGUUGGCUGGAACUAAACAUACAUCAAUUUGAUGAUAUGGCUUACAUGCAACCUCUCGUAUAUCUGACUGGGUGUCUCUGAGUGUGAGUGUGGCCAAUUCUGCAUUUGCAGUUGUAUGUCUGCAUGUAUCUUCUUCAAUCCUGCAAUUCUCUCUAUCCUUGGGAUACAUUUUUGGAUAGCUCUAACUGACAGUCUGUGGGGGAAAAACUUCUGUCUUUCUUCAGUCAUUCUUUAAAGUCCAACAUUAUCGAGAACCAUUUUGCGAUGUGCUAUCAGUUUCUAUUGCAGGGUUAACCCUCAAUGAACCAUAAAGGACGACAGGACAAGAUGAGCGAGGGCUCUGGAGCAGCUGUAUCCGGGGCAGUGAUCCUGGAGGAACCUGAGGGUUCAGGGGGUACUGGGGGCCGCGGAGAGGUGCAGGCUCAGGAACAGGGUCCUUUUCGGUGUGCAGUAUGGCCUCGCCAGCAAACAUGGCUGUGUGUGGUCCCCUUACUUAUUGGGUUUAUUGGCCUUGGACUGAGCCUAAUGCUCUUGAAAUGGAUUGUUGUGGGUACGGUGCGAGAUUAUGUGCCAACUGAUCUGGUGGAUGCUAAUCGAAUAGGCCAAGAUCCUAUCUUUCUCUCCAAGCCCAGUGGGAUUCCCAAAGGCCCUGAUACUACCACGACUACAACUAUUUCUACAGUCGAUGGUGGAAACCCCACACCUAGAACUGUAACUGUGGCAAAAGGUAGAACUCGGAUUAUUGCUACAACCACAACUAUACACCCUAAAGGAGGUGGAGCCUCUGGCAGUCAGGUGACACCUCGGAUCCCUGGAAAUCGUAACGGACGUAUACCUUCAAGCUUUACUACAACCACCACAGCGCCACGGACGACCUUUGUAGUUGGAGCAGCGACAACUAGCUCACCUCCAGGGAAUCCAACGGUUCUUCAUGACUCUACGCAAAUGUGGACUACGGAACAUACUACCACCGAGGAGGUCUCUACCACACUGACCACACGGGCACAUAGCCACCGCAAAACACCAUCCCCAACGGUGCCUCCCCUUCACUCAGAGCAUUUCAAACCCUGCCAUGAGAAGGAUUUGGCCUACUGCCUCAAUGGUGGUGAAUGCUUUGUCAUCGAGACACUCAGUGGCCCCCACAAGCACUGCAAGUGUCGAGAAGGCUACCAAGGGAUCCGGUGUGACCAGUUCCUCCCCAAGACAGAUUCCAUACUGUCAGACCCAAUUGACCAAUUGGGCAUCGAGUUUAUGGAGAGCAAAGCUGUGUACAAGAGACAGGUGCUGUCAAUCACAUCCAUCACCAUGGCAAUCAGUCUUCUGGGAACGCUGUGCAUGGCCCUCUACUGCCGCAACAAGAGGCGCAGAGAGAAGCUCCAAGUGCACCUGAGGGAAAGUCGCAGUUUGAAAAACUACACAACUAAUUCCUCCAACCCUCUAGAAGCCAAGAUGAGGGUCCCAAACCCCAGCCUGCAGAUGCAUGAGUACUGCAAGCAUCCCCCAGCGUCUAGCCAAGGAAGCAUUUGUGAGUCCAGCUUCGCACCCUGCAACAUGGCUGGCCUGCCUCCCAGCAGCUUCAGAUGCACAGCUAAACAUACCAGAAACUGCUCGUUGUCUAACAGCCCUGACCAGAGAACACGGCCAGCACUUUGGACAGCUCCUCGCAGAACCUCACCUACAGCUAGAGGGAGGCUAAACCCAAUUGGAGGAUCCAAAUUUUCAGGCCCCGCCUACGAACACCUUCAGGAAGUAGGUCCUUUGGAAAAAGAAGCAGAAGCACAAACUGGUUUCCACACCCAGGAGGAGAAGCAGGGCUGUGACACCAAACAAGAUGCCUUUGUACAUAUGCAAACUCCUGUUUCCAAGGAGACGCCAUCAGCACUGCCUUGGGAGGAUCGCCAAGACGUGGGUUGUGCUCCGCAAAGCAAUCGCAGCUUGAGGAGGCCCGGCCAUCCCCACAGCCUCUCCCCUCCUCCCCCAUUUCGCUCCUGCUCCAUCCCUAUCAUUCCCUCCGUCCAGAGUCACCACGACAACGAGGUGUCCUGUAUGCAAACCAGCCCGGAAACCACAGAGAUGUCAACAACCUGCAAGGAAGACGGGAGGGAGAAGAUGCCGCAAGGCAGGCCGUUCUCUUCCUCCUGCUCCCCCGGCGUUGGGCAGCAGCAGAACACUGUGGCGCUGCUCCUGGAGGAGGCGCAGGAGCAGCUCAGAGCGUUGGCGCUCGCCCACAGGAAGCAGGAAGAGGCUGGGAUCGUCGGAGGCGGAUCAACAGGCGUGACGGUAGAAGCCAGAGAAACUGUUUGCUUCCUGACCCCUAACGGAGGAAACAUUGGGGGACUCGGCGGCAGUGGACCUACACAGACCCAGCUACUCACCCUGAGCCUAUCACACAGAGACUCGGCCCAAAACAACCAAUGAGACCAAUCAGUCCAGGAUGUCCACUUUCUGGUGUGACGCUGUUGGCAGACUCUGGUGUUCAGUAUCUGUGAUAUUUGAAUGAAAAAUGUCAAAUAGAAAAAAAGAAUACAUCAUGGGAAAUCCUAAUGAUAUGCAUACUGUAUGGAUACUAGUGUACAAACACUGAGUGGUCACCUUUUUUCCACAGACAGACCGUAUGGAAAAGAAAAAAAAAAUCUUCAUGCAUUCAUCUACAAAAUAAAAUAAACACUUCUACUUAGACAAAAAGAAACCAAAUAGUCUGUCAAAUCCAUGAUGUUUUUAACUGUAAAAAGAAUAUAUAAAUAUAUAUAUAUAAAUAUAUGAAAAUAAAUAUAUGGAAUUUAAAAAGUGACCAAGUACAAAGUUGAAGAACACAGGAAUGAUGUUACUAUUUUGGUUUAUUCUUUGUUUCCCCCUCCUGUUUUGUAUGGAUUAACACAUUUGGUACAAACAGCUUCAUUAGCGUGUGGAUCCAGAAGGUCCGUUCAGAGUACAAACGUCACUGUCAGAGGAGGAGGACUCCCCUUUUCCACUUCACCCCCUUUGCCUUUUGAAAACUGCGACCCAGCCAAGAAUUACACCACCACCCUCUGUGGUUAUCAGCUUUUUUUUUCUCUGAUUUUCUGGAGGAUUUGUGGCACAAAAACAAAGCGUGCGUCUGUGAUGGGAAACAUGCUGGGAGAAGAGGAGUGAAACUUCUGCAGCCUGUUGUUUUCCAGUGGACAGAAAACUUAUGCUUCUUCUGUCAAUUUUUUUGUUACAAAGGAUAUUUUCACACAGAGGCACACACACCCACCCACUUACUUGUGCAUCUUUACUUUGUUGGCUGGGUGUUUGAGAAGAAAGUACUGCAGGUUAAAGACGGACAGAUCACAGGAUUUAAUCUGAUAUUUUUUUAGUUUGUUGUCCAUUUUUAGUUACUAAUGAACAAUGCUGCUUCUCUGGGGUUGAUGGUGGAGGGAGAACCCUGUUGUUUUGGUAUUGAAACAAGAAAUAAAUGUCUCUAUGUUGUAUCCUAAUGUAUGAAUUGGAAGCAUUUCAAUUUCUGUAUGAAGUCACAGCCAAAUGUUUUUGGUGUCAAAAAGUAAAGAAAAAAAA